ACUCACUGAGAUGUCUGGAUGAAUUGUUCUAACUUGCAGUGUUCUAACUAUUAUCCGACUAACCUCUCUCGCAACCGUCAGUCACAAAUUUUAGGAAUGGGUUCCUACGUAUAUGUGCUGAUGGGUGUGGUAAUCUGCGCCCUCCUUUGGGAGACCCAUGGCCGAGAAGUGACAGGUCCCUUGAUCAGCGAGACACAAUGGUACGGUAGCCGCCCAGUUACCACUACUUACUGUCUGUGGGAGGGGCACAAGAUGAGACCCGGCAGCAGCUGGUCAGAAGGAGAAGACUGUCUGGUGUGUUCUUGUGACUCCAGGGGUUUGUAUUGUUCCAGUCCCAGCCUCGACCAAGCCGUUCCAAGUUGCCAGCUGUUUGUGGACGAGUCCUGUCAUUACGAGUUGGUCCAAAGUGCUAAUCCCUGGUCGACCUGCCAUACUUCCUCUGCUACCAUCACUGGGUAGGAAAUCCCAAAAUACCGGCUUCGCCAGGACAACCUGCGUCAGCUGAACCAACGAACCGUGAUUCUGUCUAUCAAAAGGAAUGACAUAAUAAAGUUGAACAGGAAAUAUUA